AUCCUUUGUUUAUUUACACACCCACACUGACUUUCAUUCCUUCAAUAUUUCUAUUUGACAUCAGAAGUCGAAAUGGAUAUCCUAAGCCGAUCUAAUAACACCCAGCAAGUACUUUAGUUAGAAAUAUCUGAAAAUAAUUCUGUUACGAAUGACGGGAGCGUUGUUUUCGUUUUUUUCAAAUAUUUCAUAAUUCUGAUAGAUUUCCGAAUUAUGCAACACAAAAUAAUUUGUUGUUAUUGUCACUGCUAAACAAGUACAGAGUCAACUUUUGUAGAUGAGAGGCUAAAAGGUUAUCGAUGCUGUUAUAUAAUUGAUUCUAAAUUCAUCCACCGAGAACGUGUAAAGUAAAAUUGAAUUCGGCUUUUUCGCAAAAACAACACAGAACUUGAUUAGAGUUUGGUCCCUUCAUUCAUUUCAUGCACUAUAAUAGGCUAAGGAACUUACGUCACCAUUCCAAGGGUCAAAACAAAACAAACAAGAAAAAUUCUUGUCUGCUAGACUACACAGCCGCUACCUAAACAUGUUUUGGUGUUUGUUUACCAAUAACAGACACUUGGUUUUUGUAGCUUGAUAUUUUAAAACACAUUCGCUUGCAUUAGUUUUUACUGAGUCAAUCGAUCACUCAUUUUUUGCUUUAAUGAAAUCAACGGAAUACUUGGGUGGAGUUGCUUUUCUAGUAUGGAUGAACUAGACUGCGACGUUAUUGUUGUUGGUGCCGGGAUUUCUGGUUUGACUGCUGCAUACGAACUUACAACACGGUCUCAACUCAGCAUCCGAGUAUUGGAAGCGUCAGAACGCAUUGGUGGGCGGACACGAGUUGUGACCUUAAAAGGCAGCAAUGAUGUCGAAGGAAAGUGGGAUGUCGGUGGUCAGUUUGUUGGCUACUGCCAGCCUCAUAUCAUUGAAAUGUUACAGAAGUUCGAUAUUGGUCUUGAUAAAAUCUACGUUGAGGGAAUGAAAUUCAUACAAAUAACAGAUGGCUCAAUCAAAUCUUAUGCUACUCCCAUACCAAACUUAUCUAUUCUUUCAAUGUUGGACUUGUUCGUUUUUUUACGGAAGAUUAAUAAAAUGUGUGAGGAAAUUGAUGUUUACAACCCAUAUUCUCAUCCAAAUGCUGCUGUUUGGGAUAGCAUGACCUUACAAGAAUUUACCAGAGCAAAUGCAUGGACAAAAGCUGCAAUCCAUUGUUCAGAAGCUGCUACACGUUGUAUGUUUGGAAAGGAAACUAGUCAAAUAUCCUUGCUGCACUACUUAUAUUAUGUCAAGGCUGGUGGUGGAAUUGAUGCUUUGCUGGAAGCCACCAAUGGUGCUGCUCAAGAAUUCAGUAUAAAGGGUGGAACUGGAGCAUUGAUUAAUAAACUUGUGGAAAAUUUCAAGAACAACAACAACAAUGUGCUUGAAUUGAAAUGUGCUGUAACCAAAAUUGAACAGAAUAAUGAUCAAGUUAUCGUCUAUGCUGAAAAGAAGGACAAUGACAAUAAAGAAGUAGUUUAUAGAUGCAAAUACUGUAUAUUAGCAAUUCCUCCUCAUAUGCUGGGCUAUAUCAAUUUUAUACCUAAUUUGCCUUCAGAAAAACGAGAACUUAUUAAAUAUAUGCAACCUGGUAAUUUAACUAAGGUGAUAUUCACAUAUAAGGAGGCAUUUUGGAGAAAAAAGAAAUUCUCCGGUGAAAUAGUUACAAGUGUGGGCCCCGUGUGUAUUGUGUAUGAUUGUUCCAGUUUAUCACCGCCAAUUCCUGCUCUUCUGGCCUUUGUUGGUGGAGACCAGAUGGUUCAAUGGCGUCAAGUUGAAGAACCCAUUUUUGUAAAAGCUGUUCUAGACUGUCUUGAGAAAUUUCUAGGUCCUGAAGUGAAGGAUUUUAUAAGUGUUGCUAGUAUGGACUGGGCACAGGAGCCUUAUGUAUUGGGAAGUCCAACAAGUAUGAUUGUUCCAGGUGGAACAAAAUACUUUCCAAAUAUGCGGAAACCUUACCUUCGAUUGCUUUUUGCUGGUACGGAAACAGCGACUCAGUGUUGUGGGUACAUGAGUGGUGCCAUACAAGCUGGACAAAGAGCAGCAAAAGAGACUCUGUUUUUGGAAGAUCCAUCUCUCCUGGAUCCCAAAUCACUUGAAGAUACAGUUUUCAGAGAUGAAAGUUUUUUUAAGAAUAAACAACGAAAGAAAAAAUUUUCAUGGACAAACAAAGUUGUUGGUGUUGGAAUAGGUUUAACUGCUGGUUUAGCUGCCUGGAAGUUAGCUACAAAAUUUAGACAUUAGAUGAUAUUACUGAUAUCACUAUUCAGUUAGCACACAAAGUAGUUUGAUUUUUUUAUAUUUAUAAUGGAAAUUCUAUUUCUUCAUUAAUAAAUAAUAUUUUUUGUA